UGAAUUCUGUAUCUUGGUGAGUCAUUCCUGUUGCAGAGGUCUACCUGGACAGCAUGCAAAGCGAGAGUGGUCACGUAGGCAUUGAAGAACGGGCCUUCAGGGAGACCCAGGACCCCUACAUAAACCCACCUGUUCCCUUCAUGGGGAGGAUCGAAGGGGGUCUCCAGGAUGGACACAAAGUCACCGUCAUGGGGCGUGUUCUUUCCACAGAUGAAAACAGGUUUCAAGUGGACUUUCAGAUGGGCAUGAGUGACACGAACAACGUUGCCUUCCACUUCAACCCUCGUUUUGAAGGAAGCGGGUGUGUUGUCUGUAACACGAAGCAGCUAGGAAACUGGGGGUCGGAGGAGAGGAAGAUGCAGAUGCCCUUCCAGAAGGGGAGUCUGUUUGAGAUCUGCUUCAAGGUAGACAGCUCCGCGUUCAAGGUGAUGGUGAACAACAGCAUCUUCCUGGAUUAUGCACACCGUUUGCCCUUCGACCAAGUCAACGCCAUCUCCAUCAGCGGCUGUGUGCAUGUGUCCUAUAUCAGCUUCCAGAUAUAGAAAUCCCUACCAUGUAGACGAUGUUCACUGCAUGGUGCUCGCAUGGUCUUAGAACUCAGAAGCUUGAUGAUUUUGGCUCCCGAUUACCUCAUCACCAACCAAUCAGAAGACAUCCACGAGCUGAUCACACACCCCUCACCCUCUCCCUCACCCUGUAAGACCAUUUCCCUGAAAGUCAUCGUGGAAUUUGGGGUUUUUAAGCUUGCCUGGGCUCCUUGCUUGGUACCUGCAAUAAAUGCUGCGCUUUCCUUCAUCAUAA